GGGGGCGGCCUCUGCCUGCGCGGCGGGCGGCGCGGGGCCGCGCGCCGUUCGAGAAACUUCCGGAAACAGCCGGCCGGCAGUGACGUGAGGGCCGCGGUGACGGAGCAUCCUGUUUGCGGCUGAGGACUGAAGGACUUGGCUGUUGUUAAGAAGAUAACUGCUGAAACAUGGUGGAUUACUAUGAAGUUCUGGGAGUGCAAAAGCAUGCCUCAGCAGAAGAUAUUAAAAAAGCGUACCGUAAAUUGGCACUAAAAUGGCACCCUGACAAAAACCCAGACAAUAAAGAAGAGGCAGAACGGCAAUUUAAACAAGUGGCUGAGGCCUAUGAAGUUUUGUCAGAUGCUAAAAAACGUGACAUCUAUGACAGAUACGGAAAAGAAGGCUUAAUAAAUGGAGGUGGAGGUGGAAAUCAUCACGAUAAUCCAUUUGAAUUUGGAUUUACAUUCCGUAACCCAGAAGAUGUCUUUAGGGAGUUUUUUGGUGGAAGGGACCCCUUUUCAUUUGACUUCUUUGAAGACCCUUUUGAGGACUUCUUUGGGGGCAGACGGGGUCCAAGGGGAAGCAGAAGCAGAGGCGGUGGAUCAUUUUUCUCUGCCUUUGGUGGAUUCCCUGCUUUUGGAAGUGGCUUUUCUUCAUUUGACACAGGUUUUACUUCAUUUGGUUCGCUGGGACACGGAGGGCUUACUUCAUUCUCCUCUACGUCAUUUGGUGGCAGUGGGAUGGGUAACUUCAAAUCAGUUUCAACCUCAACUAAAAUAGUUAAUGGCAGAAAAAUUACUACAAAGAGAAUUGUUGAGAACGGACAAGAGAGAGUAGAAGUUGAAGAAGAUGGCCAGUUAAGGUCGCUAACAAUAAAUGGUGAGGCAGAUGAAGAAGCCUUUGCUGAGGAGUGCAGACGGAGAGGACAACACGCCCUGCCUUUCCAGCCCACCAACCCGCGCCUGCUGAAGCCUCACAAGCCUGCCAGUUCCCCCAGAUAUGCCUAUCAUUAUAAUAGCGAUGAGGUGGAAGAACAAGAUAGAAGCCGGGUUACAAGCAGCUUGGAGACCCCUUUUUAUUUAUCAGGUGUGCACAAGCAUGUUGAUGAGAAAUGCGCAGAAAAGGAUCCGUCAGCUAGUCAAAAGCCAAAACCAAAGAGCCAAGCAAGAGGUUGUUGCUGUGUGUUGACUUAAUGUUAGCUCCCUGGUAAAUAAUCAGUAGCAGCUUGUGUGCCUUAGUCCUGCGUUUGCUCUGCUCUUCAAUUUAGUGUAGAUUCACAAAUGCCCUGGGAUAUUCAAGGAUCCAGGGCAAAUACUGUUACGCUGCUGGAGUGCCUGUGAUCUUUGUUCUUAAAAGUGAAGGCCUUUUAGAGAUUAACUCAUCACAGUACUUGGAACAUUCAUUUAUUUAAAUUGUACGCGGCUUCCUUGUUGAAGGAGAAGUUCGGCAACUUGAUACUAUUUCUGGAAGCUGCUAUUUUAGGUGCCUAAAUCCUAAUAGAGGAGAAGGCUGAGACUGUUCAGGCUAAUGCAGAAGAGUGGCAAUUGUCCUGGUUAUUUUUGGAAGUAAUUAGUCCUUUGAUAUAUUUCCUGUCUGUAAUGUUUCGGCACUAUAGUCCAGAGGCUAUCUUGGACAACAGAGUCCUCAUAACUACUUGAUUUAAUUGGAACCUGUGGUCAAAAGGUCAUCCAGGACUGCCGGGACAGGUUUUUCUGAAACGUGAGGAUGCCUUUCUACGUGGAUGCCCAAACCAAGGGCCCUUCUCAGUAGUGCUGAAUUAGGUGAGGUGCUGGGAAGUGUGAGCGCAUGAGGCUCCUCGGGGUAAACACAGUGCAUGAAAAACAUGCAUCCUACCCCAAAACAUGCGCUCGAAUGCUCCCAGUGCUGUACCAACUUCUGCUGUGUUUAUGAGCCUUUAAAUCUAACACUCUUCUGUACGGAAGACCUAAAGAUAUCAUGUAGGAUGACAGCUUGAAAAAAUAGAAACACUCAGAUAAAUGUCUUCCUGAUCAGUUGUUGGAAGUUUUGUUUCUUUAGGGAUGGCUAAAUUGGAUCUUUUCUUUAAAAAGUUUAAUAUUUCUCUACAGAAGCCUGAAUGUAACCUCGGGACUGAUGUCCUGAUAUCUCCUAUGCAGGGGAUGGAGGUUUUGUCUCUGGUGUCUGCAGCUGGCAAAACAAAACCUUGGCUCCGCAUUUGGAGACAUGAGGUCCUCUACAGUCAUAACAAUCCUUUGGUAAUGGUUUCCAAAGAGCAUCUGAGUUUGACAGGCACCUUGCAAUUUUUGGAGCAAUUUUUAAGAUUGCUUAAGACUUUUUGCUGUGAAACUAUUUAUGCUCCAAGGCGCACAGGUUUGCAAUUAAAAUGAGUUUCCAGAGAAAUGAAUUUCCAGAGUUAUUUGCACAAUCACAAAAUCCUGUCUCCUACCAGUAGAUUGUGAGUUGCCAUAAAAGAUUCAGGGUGAAAACUUGAUUGCAGUAAGACUAAGGUUUUACUGUUGCUUUAAAUAUUUUGCCUACUUUUCCUCUGAUGGACAAGGCUGCUGAAGGACAGGUCGAGUCAGUCAUACAAACCUACGUGAGUGUCUUAAUCUUUCCCUGGGAAGCUUGUGCGCGAGCCCCGGUCAGUGAUGCUGCUCUUCUUGGGUGUUCACCUCUGCCAACUGCCUUGCCCAGCAAGCAGCUUCACCGGCGCAGCUCUGUGAUUACACAGAACGCUUACUUGCUCCCGUUUGGCUUCUCAUUGAUCACUGCAACAGCUGCUGUGCUUCCAUGGGCCAGCGUUGGGAAAGCGCAGCAUCUUUUUUUGCCUUGGUCCAAAGCCCACUCAAUUCAGUGGAAAAUAGUGAAGUUCAAUGGCCUUAAGCUGGGCGCCGUUCCACCUCGAAUCAGACCGUUUUGCCACCGUUGGCGUGUGGCCCUGGGCAGCGAGACCGCGUGGCAGUUUGAGAUGUUGUCCUGGGUAGAGCAUCUCAAGCAAAUCCUCAAGUCAUUAAUGAUUCACCUGCAGCGAUAUGUUUUUCUUUUCCCAGCUCUAAGAGUGGGAAUGUUUUAAUUUGUAAGUCUGUAGCAAACUGAAAUGAAGGAGAAGGGAUAGGUUUCAUCUUGACUGUGUGGUUGGAAUCCCUGUGGAAGUGGCCAUCUCUCUCUAGCGCCCAAGGCAACCAAUACCCAGAGGUGAGAUGAAUCCUCUCCUUAGCCAGGAUUUCCAGUCAUUACAGUGGGCAUUUAAUAAAAAAAUUGGAGUUUAAUUUGAUUCUCCAUAUUGACACUUUGUGUUUUAGUAUAAAUUGCUCUGUGUUUCCUGCUGUUCUCGGUUUCGUAAUGGCCUUUUAGAAUAAAACGUCACCUCUUGUGCUCUGAAGUCACUGCAUAUCUCUAACAGUUCUCUAGCUCCAAACAAGUUAUUUUUUAAUAAGAUUUCAGAUACUGCAAGUAAUGUGCUCCCUGAUAGGAUGAUGUAUGGCUGCCUGGUGGUAUCCAAGCUGUGUCAAAGUGGUGUUAAUGCCAGCAGAGACCUGGGAGUUGCAGCCAUUCAUGGUAGAGGCCAUGGUAACUACCCCUAAAAAACAGCUGCUCCAGAUUCAAGUUUUUGACCUUUACCUAGCAAGGAUGGUUGAAAUGUUUAAUUGUUAAAAUACUGAAAAAUACACGAUACAAAAGAUCGUUAUUUGGAAGAGAAUAUUGCAAGGUUUGCUUUUCCUUUUGAAUGAAAUAGCUUGCAUUCACCUAAAACUUACAACAUUAAUAAUUCAUUUUUGCUGCAUUUUCAUCCACUGGCAUCCCUGAAGAGGAAACCACUUUAAAAGAACUAGCUUAACUAAUCUGGAUCCUUUCCUGGCAUGGAUUCUGCUGCUGGAAAGUUGAGCUAUUUGUGUGUUAUUUCAUCUUUAAUUCAGUCUCUGUUCUUUUUACCACCAUAUGGUUUCCUGAAUUACGCUUUACUAACUAGUAAAAUCGAUAUGCUUGGUUGUCCAAACUAAUUACUUUAUAAUUCCCUCACGUGUAUUUGGGCAUGUAAUGGAAAGAGAAAGGAAAGCAAAGCCACUGUUUUCUGUGGAAAUCUAAUAUGUAAGGAAUGCUGGAGGUGUGGAGAUGGGAGGGAGUUUGCUCUCCCUUUGCUCCGCAUCCCCUGGCUGUAACGGCAUGUGAGUGGGGUGGGGGGAAAGCCAUACUCUUCUGCAGGCAGAGGGUGGGAAGAUUGGCUGGUGGAUUUGGAGGCUGGCUGGUUGCUCCCUGGCUUAGCCAGAGCUGCCUUCACACAUGAGUUUUUGGCUGCUAGUCCAAGAGCAUCCCGCUACCCAUUUGCUUCUCAUAGAAGGUAGCUGGGUUGCACAUGGAAGGGCUUCCAAGGCUGCAUUGCCUUGCAAGCUUUUGCUUGCCAUGUGGGAGUAAAACCUUGGACUCUAUUCAGUAACAGUAUUACCUUAAUUAAUAGCAGGCAAGCAGGUUGUAUCUGGCUUGGUAUGUUCUUGUAGCAAUUCUAGGCAGAAUUGGUAAUGAAAAUAGUAUGAUGAGCAAGCAUGAAGGAAAGCCCCGGUAAGUUGGUAAAGCUUUUCAGUCCCCUAAAACAUCAAAGUUGGAAUUACAUCACUGGGCUGGCCAGUGAAACUGGAGAACUCGCCCCUUGGAUUUAACAGUGCGGAUAAUUAAAUAGCAGAUUGGCAUACCUAGACAGGGUGGGAUGUUUUGUCACCUCAGGUCUUUACAUAAAGGCAGGUUCUCUCCCUGUGAUGCUCUGUGGCAUGGGCAGGAGCUGUGGAUGUGGUGAGAGAAUUAGUAGGUCAGGUUGUGGUGUGUUGGGCAGUGGCUUGGGCUGAAAGGAGGGAAUGUGAAAGUGUAGCGUAAAGCUGUAAUUGGAAAUUGAGUCACACACGUGAAAUGAUACUGAAGCUGUGAUCCUGGGUGAAUUUUAAUAAUGGUAUAUGCAAGCGUGUUCAGUCUAAAAUAACAGAUGGUGGCUGCAACUCAGAAGUAAGCUAGCUACCUUUGAAGAGAGCUAUUUCUAAGAGCAGAAAAUUACAAAGCGCACUACAGAACCCAGGCUGUGCAUGCCCCGCUGCCCUGUUAGAGCUCUGUGUGGAUGCUGGAGCCGUGACGGCUUCCAUGGCUUCAAGGAGGGCAAAAGACUGGCUGCAAUCUUAGCAAAAAGUUAGUAGGUCUUGAAAACCAUUUUCUCUGGAACUUGAGCACAAAGCAUGAAUCCCUCCCACCCUCUACCUCAGCGCUUCAGAGCCUGAAAGGAGGUUCCUCCAAAGUCUUCACCCUUGCAGGAGAUCCACAAAAAUCAGGCCAUGGCCUUUAUUAGCGAUUAAAGUGGGUCAAGAAGCAGCAGUGCUGCACAUUAAUCGUCGGUCAUGACUGACCUUGUUUCCUUCUGCUGAGUCCUGUGCUCUCCUGUGCUGGCAGGAGAAGGUGGAGCAGAGCCGCGGCUGCUCUCAGCAUCCUGGUAGAGCAGGCAGAUGUCAGACAGGGCAGGAAGAAGUGGGAUACCACAGACGGGUUGGGUGGGAGUGUUUUGCCCAGGACACUUGUCCCUUUGGAUCAGUCACUCAAUGUGCACACCUCCCUUACAGUUGCUGCCCAAGAACAUGACGAGUUUUGUAGUCAGUGGCUAAACAAACCUGUGACUUUGGGAGGUGCAGAUGGCAGAGAACUAGAAACACAGAAAUAAAGUCAGAGACGCAGCAGGGAGGCUUCCCAAUUUGUUUUGGUCCUUGCUGAGUGCUUGAGGGAGUUGCUACUGAGUGUUGCUGGAAGUUGGUUUCAGUCAUCAGCAGCUUUACGAAAGCUGGAAUAGCUUUUGUGCUCUUUAUGGUUCUUCUGGAAGUAGAAGAGAAGGGGAUGAAACGGAUGGAGUGGGUCAGCUAAUGCUGUUUGUUUUAGACAAGAAUUUUCCAGGUCAUAAACCAGGUGUAACUCCAAAUGCUGUGGCUUCUUGCUUCAUCUGUCUCUGCUCCUGGCAACUGACAAAAGCAAGGACAUACCAAGUUAGGGUGAUAACCAUCUGUAUUUGAGUGAUUCUGUUUUCCCAAUGUCAAAGCUUGGGGAAGCUCUCAGCAGCCUGUUCUCCCUCCACCCUGUAGUGUGUUUCUAGGGUUUAGGUGGCUAACCAUGCUUCUGAGGGUGGAAAUUUGAACAAGCCCUUCUCUGAGGUCAGAAUUGUUUGGCUGAAGCCAGUUGAGCCAGGCACCAACUGUGGGAAGGUUCUGUGACUGCUUUGUGAUGCUGACGGCUCGUCAGGACGCAGGUUCGCUGCAAAUGAGUCAAAUAGUAAUGGGGCUUCUGCUUUCUAAUUCAGAUUUUGUUCUCUCCUGACUUUGCGGCUAGCCUUGUAAUCAAGGCAGCUAAAUAUGCUUUUAAUUAGUGUUGGUUGGAGUAUUCAAGUGAAAUACACACCAAAGGGUUACGUCUUUAGUGUGCAAUUUUUAUUUUUGUUAGGAGCUGCUUCGCUUGUUUGGAUCAGGUUUUUGGCUGUUAUCACCCAGCGUAGCAUCGCUGGAGCUAGCAGACAGACAAAAUUUGACCUGUCCUUUCUUCUUAGCUGGGGUAGAAAAGGAAACGGUUGAGAGUGAAAUUAUAUAUCACAGCAGGCUCAAAACAGAAAAGACAUGGCAGUUUUCUCUUGAGGAAUACUCUGUAUUUGUGUGUUAUCUCCUCCUCUGGCAAAUCUGUUUCUGUGUGUCAGUGAUAACACUUGAAAGAUUUCCACUUUUUCCCCUUAUCAUUCUGGAGGCUAGUAGGAGACGGUGUUGUCAAAUGCCUAAAUAUCUUCAUACCACAGUAUUUUAAUAUUUGAGUUAUUUGAUUUUUAAGACAAUGAAUUAUGUGGCAUUAAUUUCAAGUCAUAAUUUACAUCAACUCACAGUAUUUUUAGGGAAGAGUUACAUUUGAGGAAAAUGGACUGUUGAAAACAAGAAAGUAUUAUGAUAUAAAACAGCAGUAUCAAAUGCUAUCAUACGUGUAUGUGGAAGCCUUUUAGAAAUACUGACGGUGUUUUGAGAAUGAAAAAUGAUAAAAUCAUGAAACUAAUAACCUGUUAGGGUUUAAUGAUCCUUUCCCAAAUAUCUGUGUUAAUGUUUCAUAGUUGUUACAUGAAGUAGUUCUGAUCAGCUGAUAUGAUGCUGUUUUUCCCCUCAAGUAAAGGGAAGAAUCCUUUGAAUAACAGCCCUUGGAUGACUGAUUCUCAAGAGUCAGCACGUCUCUUCCGCCUCCGUGGGCCUUUGUGGGAAAGCAAAGAGAUGUCUGACCCCUUCCAGGAUUUGUGCCUUAACAGCAGCAAAUUAAAUGCCAAGGGAUCCUCUUUUUGACAAUGUAUAGGUGACUGAGGGGCUGACACUGAAGUAAACUUCAUGGAUGGGGUUCUUAGUUAGGAGAUGUUCAUGCGGUGACCCUAGGGAGGGGGUUGUAGCUCAGGAGGGUGGCAGGGUGCAGGGAAAACAGCGUCAUCUGCAAUUCUGCAAAGCAGUGCCUGUUUUUCUCUUCCUUAAACAAUAAAACAGGUUUCCACUCUAACUUUGCGCAGGCUAAUUGCUCAUGGCAGAAUUUCUAAAUAAAUAUCCUGCUUCUUGACUCAGAUGAUUGCGAAAGAUGAAGUCAUGCUGUUGAUACAGCAUAGGAGCUAGAAUGAUAACCUAGGAACAGUUUUCCUUGCUACAAGGGAGUGUAUUUCCUCCAGUGCACAGGCUUUUGAUAAUGUCUUAAAGUGAUUUUAGCCCAAAGACCAUCUUGUGGUUCUCCCCAAGUCUUAAACCGAAGACCUGCAGUUCUGCUGCGGGCACAACAGCCCUGAUCGCGCCCGGGAGGAGCUCUAUUAGGAGCCAACUUCAGCCACCACGUGGCUUCAUACUCCUCUGACCUCCCACCCCUUCCUCUUCCCACUUUUCCCGUCUUUAUUUCGCUAUUGGUGCUAAAUUGGUGGAGAACCGGGUGCGAUGGUGACACAGCUUCCUCAGGGUCGUUUUGCCUGCCUGCAGGGAGAAUGGAGGAAAGUAAGAGAUUUCCAGACAGGCCGAGCUGUGCCCUUCCUGGGCCGUUCCUGUGAUGCGAGGUCCUUGCUCCCAGCUUGCAGGGGUCCUCCGCUCUGUGCUGGCCCCGUUCACCGGACUGUGCCAAUUCCUAGUGGCAGAGCACCGCUGAGCUAAAAGAUCCUUCCAGCUAUUUCAAAGCAUCACAGAAUGAUUAUCUGAGGGAAAUGUUUGCUAGCUUUGAGUUGAGAUUUGUAAGUGCACUUGGGUAGAUGCGUGGGUUCUGCACUGUUUGCUGGCCAUGCAGGUCUGCUAGUAAGUUGUGUUUUACUGCAGGUUUGGAGGAAAGGGCAUGAUGCAGAGCACAAACUGAUUUUCACACAUCUUUGUGGGGGGGGCGGGGAAAAACACAUGAGGAUGGUGAUCACAUGGCUGGAAGCUUGUGCCUACUGAACAUGUAGCAAAUAAUUAUUACUUGAACUCGAUGCUUCCAUGCACCGUUGCAGUUGCAGUAGAAUAUAACCUAUGGUGCAUAGUAAAGCAUGAGUAGGCUGAUGACCCAUAUAUAAAAUGUGGAGUGGUAAACAUUGAGCAUCUUCUUAUUUACUCAGGACUCUUGGCAUUCCCUAGUCUUAAAGUGGAAAUGUAAAUAUCGUGGUAACUUGUGACUACUACUGUGAGCAGGAAAUGCCAGUAGUUAAAUAGUUCCUGCUGUAUAAGUCUUAUUUAUUGCUUCCAUUCUGAAAAUUGUUCUGGUUUUGCAUGUGCUCUAAUAUUGAAGCUUUUCCUGAAUGGCUUUGAAGUCUUUUGAAAGUUCUCCAGAUCUUUUCAGACUUCAGAGAUUGAUAGUGUUUUCUUUCUAUCCUAUGUAAGGGAUAUAGUAGAACUGGGGAUAUAGUAGAAAUGAUAAUUUAAAAACCACCUUAGAAAGCCAGACCUUUUCUUUAAGAUUCCUUAAACCAUUCAGAGAACGUGCUUUUGCUAGAAGGAAUAGUCCAUGAAUGCUGUGAAUAGUGUUUUACAAGCCAUGUUUCCUCAGGAUACAAGGAAGGCAGCAAGAGGAGGAAGCAGAAGCAGAGAGAGGAACAGAAGAAGAAGAAGUCAACCAAAGGGAGUUACUAAAAUGGACUUCUCUGCUAUGCCAAUACCUUUAUAAUAAUGACGAUUUAAUGUUACAUUUGAGCACACCUCUUCUUGUGUAUAUUUUUUGAUUGUUCACACUGCUAGCAAGGAAGUGACUCAUGUUUAAAACUGUACUAAAAUUGCACUAUGUUAUUCUUUUUAGUUUCACAGAGUGGCUUUCUUGCCAGCCAGGUUAGGGAAUUUGAGUGAGGCUGAUCUUUGUUGGAAGUGUGUUACGUUUGAAGAUUGGAAAAUGUUGCAGAAUUUCUUACCUCUUCCUUCCCUGGGACUAAAAUGACUCUAGUCUAGUGUUUGUUUAUUUGUCUUGCAGGAUAUAAAGGGUUGUGCAAAUGCCUGUUUGUUUGGUCACUCUAGCAUCAACAUCAGGCAUGCUGGAAGAAGAGUGCUAUUCGCUCAUGUCAUUGGGAAUGGGAUGGAGACAUGAGCUCUUAUAGUGCAAUUUAUGCAAGUGACUUUUAUGGUUGUUUUUUUUCUCCAAGCUGGGCAGUGAAGGUUUGUCCCUGCUUUUAAGAUGUUCCUUCAUUUUUAAAUUGUAUCAUGAAGUUAUAUCCUCUGAUUUUAAGAAGCUAAGUGUAAUGAUGGUCUCCUGUAAGCACUCCUACUGAUUUCCUUAAGCAUAGUUGACUCCCGAUGAAUCAUUUGGUGAAAUCAUUCCUUAUUUUAAAAGUUUAUUUUCAGAACCUAGAGACAAAUGAUCUAAGUGCUACUUUGAAACUGCUUUUUGUUUCUGCUGAGUAGGUUUGAGAUAACAAAACAUUUUUUCAACAUCCAUAUAUGACUUCAGCGAGUCUACAAGGAACUUACACCUUUACGUACGAAAGCAUUUUGCAUUGGUUUUAUUGCAGAACUAAUUUUUUUAGCUUGAAAAGAUGUCUUCAGUUUAAAAGAAAUAUAUAUUUUCUGGCAAGAUUACUUCCUUGCUUCCCAUACUUGUCUCAUGUGCAUGACACAUCGCUUCUCUUAACCUUUUAUUUGUACAGAGCCCUUCUGUUGCCUUAAGUGUUUACCUGCAUGUUUCUUGUCAGUAUGUUGCCUCCUCUUUUUAACCUCCGGGUAGGAGUUAGCAGCUUAUGGGUUUGUUUCGUUUUGUCUUCCUCUUGCCAAUCAAUACGUUGUUGAUGUAACAGACUUAAACCUGGCAAUAUUGAAAGUCCACAGUUCCUGGAGAAACUCACUCAUGCUAACAUUUAAAAGAUCAAGGAAUGCACGCAUUGGUGUCAGGAAGAAGCCAAACAGAAACAUCAAGGCUGCAUUCUAGCAUGGUUUGGUGUAACAAAUUCUGAUGUCUCUGGUAUCUGAACGGUUUAGCUUCAAAUGCUUACGUUACCCAGUGUAACCCUAUGCAAACAUAUAACCAUACAUGAACUCUGUUAGGGUAUUUAAAUUAUGGUUAAUACGAAAUAAGACUGAGUACCAUUUUCUGUCACUUAAGUACCACUUUUUAUUUUGUUUUGUGCAGUGUUACUAAUAUUUAAAAAUAAAGAAAAUUAUCCUUUA